UUACUCAUUUCUGUCUUUAUAAAUGAAAUUGCACACAAAUGUACUUUUUCGAUCCCUACUUUCAAGAAUGAAUCUUACCAACGCCCCACUCGCAUGGUAAUUCGUAUGUGAAAAAUUGUCACUUCAUAAUCAACCUACAUAUCACCACAACAGUGUUCCGUGCGGAGAACUGCUGAGUGAAACCUCACCGACUAGUUUUCCGAUUAAUUGUCUGAGAGCCUUUCCCCUUGUUUCCCGUGUACAUUGGAUGUUAUGAACGACAAUAUGGAGACCGUUCUACCACUUUUAACUCCGGAACCUUGGAGUUUUGGGGAACUUUUUGAAGCAUUUCGACAGGCCCCGAUGUACCACCUCAUCUUUGAAGGUCUCCUAAUACUUUUCAUCAUCCGCUUGCUGUUCUCCAAGAGAUACUCCAUCCAGUCCAAGAUAGUCCUGACUGAAAAGGAGAAGGAUCAGUUAAUUGAAGAGUGGACACCAGAACCAUUGGUUCCCAAGCUGCCAGAUGACUAUGAGCCCAUCAAGUAUAGGGUAGUCACACAGCAAGGUGGAAGCAUGCUGACCGUGGACGGCAAACAAGGAAUAAACUUGGGCACGUUUAAUUUCCUAGGGAUGCUGGGGCGGAAAGAGACAGAGGAGGCAGCAGUAAAGAGCCUUAAAAAAUAUGGUGUUGGAACUUGCGGCCCUCGGGGAUUCUAUGGAACAGUGGAUGUUCAUCUGCACUUUGAGGACCGAAUCGCCGAGUUCUUUGGCAUGGAGACGGGAAUUCUAUAUUCAUACGGCUUCUCCACGGUAGCCAGUUGCAUCCCUGCCUACUCCAAGAGGGGAGAUAUCAUCUUCUGUGACGAAGGUGUCUGCUUUGCUGUGCAGAUGGGCUUGCUAGCCUCACGCAGCCAGAUCAAAUUCUUCAAGCACAAUGACAUGGAGGACCUAGAGCGACUCCUCGAGGAACAAGUAAUUGAAGAUAAAAAAAACCCUAAAAAGGCCAAGAAGACACGGAAGUUCAUAGUGGUAGAAGGCCUGUACACCAACACAGGACAGAUCACCCCCAUCGACAAACUGGUUGAAUUCAAAUACAAGUACAAAGUGCGGAUCUUCCUGGAUGAGACUAUGUCCUUUGGGGUGCUCGGUAAAACUGGGCAUGGCGUCACGGAGCACUUUGGAAUCGAUGUGACGGAUGUUGAUCUCAUCUCAGCAAGCAUGGAGACGUCGCUAGGCACCCUGGGAGGUUUCUGCGUAGGCUCCAAAUUUGUCGUGGAUCACCAGCGUCUGUCCGGCCUGGGCUACUGCUUCUCGGCUUCCCUGCCCCCCAUGCUCGCCACAGCCGCCAUGAAGGCGUUGGAUCUCAUGGAGGAAGACCCAUCCAUGGCCACCCGACUGCAGGCCAGAUCCCAGUACGUCCAUGAGGAACUCGCCAAGAUUGCUGAGAUGAAAGUAGCUGGUGACCCUGUGGCGCCCAUUAAGCAUCUGUAUGUACGAGAGACAGGAGAGAAGACCAGAGAAGAGAUAAUGAAACUUCUAGAAGUGAUAGUAAACAAGGCACUAGAUGAGGGCGUGGUCCUGACCACAGCAUGCUACUUGGAGGAGGAAGAAGCGUUCUUGCCUCCACCCAGCAUUCGCAUUGCUGUGAACAUAGCUCCAAGUGACGACCAAAUCAUCAUGGCGAUGCAAGUUAUACAGAAAGUAGCCUCGGAGGUCCUGCAGAACGAGGUGUAAGAAUUGCACUGUAAAUCAACACUGGAGGGGUACAGUUUAGGCAAGGACACAAGGGUCUCUGGAAUGAAGGAACCACACUAGUAGCUCUUGUUGUGUCUGUAAGUAAACGGCAACCUCCACCUCAAGCUGACCUAAUUGGUCUAGCUGGUACUCUUCACUGGCUCACGUGUGAAUACUGAGAAUAUGCCUAUCACCCUCCGGUCGAGUACCGGUCUGUCCCAGAUUGCUCAAAAGUUCUAUUUUACAAGUACUCUUCCGUGUUUGUGUGUGUCAAAGUGCUUGAGUGCAAAGGUCACAAGUGGCAUUGACCAUCUUGUUACCUGACUACCUCAUACAUUUUUCCUCAACUGAAUCAUGAUUUUUAAGGAUAAUUGAAAAAGAAAAUGGGAAAAAAAAGGCUAAAACAUUUUCUGAAGUAAAGUAGAGAAGAUGUCGGCUAAUUAAAUAAGUAGUUUUAAAAACCUCCACAAUCAUAACCUCGAGUCCACUGAAAUUUGACUGCUUGGUUUGGAUCGGUUUGGGUCGUGUGAUUGUUGAGCCCCAAUGGGGCUUUGUCAGAGGGGCACUUUUGUCCCAAUUUUGGCCAAGUGUAAAGAAGUUGCCCUAUAUCAUAUAGGGGUAACACACAGCAUUGCUGAAUGAGCCAUUUGGGCAUUUCCAAGAGCAUAUUUACAACGCAAAACACGCCGUGGGUCAUUCUAAACGUGCACAAGGGUCAGUCCCAUAAGCAUAGCCAUAUGCUGCCUUGUACACUGGUGAUAUCAGGUGCCGUGUUCUGGAAUGACCCGUCCUUUUUGAGAUACUGAACUGGCCCAUUCUGGGACUUGCAAGCAACAAAUGACCAUGGAUUACAGUUGAUGGCCAUAGAAAUUGACUUACAUUCGUAACUCUCUGGAAUCUGUGGCAAACCCAAUAGAAAUAAUAAAAUGCUUAUCUGUACUUGCGUCAGAUAUUCUGUAUUUGCCUGUCAAAUAUUCUAUAUUUGCCAGUCAUAUAUCCCGUGUUUGUAUGUCAAAUAUUCUGUAUUUGACAUGAGUGUAGUCUGUCGAGUGGAGCUUUCAUAAACUCAUUUUCCUGGAAAUGGAAUGGUAAUGACUUCGCUGAUUUUAUAAGUAAAAUCACUGAGUGAAUUUGGUUUCUGCCAGGAUUUGAGGUAGAAUUUUGAGAUACGUUAGAUAGGCUGUUGCUGGUGAUUAUGAUUUGCAUAAAUGCAGAUUUAUUGCUCUAAUGCAGUGAUGUCACAGAACAGCAGAUAAUUAUAUGUAGUGGUUUAACUUGAGAUUGUACUCGAGAGGGAUUAGUCUUGUUAGAUUAGUUUUCAAAGCUUUUUUUAACCCACAUUUAAUGUGUUUGUAAUAUUUUUAUUUUAUUCCAUGAGUGGUAGGUUUCAUUUUGUGGCGAUAUUUUACAAACUCGGGUUAUUUGAAGUUGCACUUACAACUGUCCAAUUUUUCUAAUCAUGUCAAAGCAUUUUGUGUGGUGUUUUAAUCUGUAACAACUUAUUUUAUGCCUUUGUUUUCUGCGGGAAGUAUUGUGGGUACAGUGUCGCAGACCUGGUGAUGUAAUUGAAUUCUUUUCCAAGAUCCCGUGUGAACUGGAAUAUCCCUUUGUAACUAUCAUUCAGCACAUGUUGCAAGAGUGCUAAUCAUUAUAGACCUCUGUCAAGAGGCAGCCAUAUUGCUUUUCCACCAUUCAAAGCAAUGUAACCAAACUGAGGCUGGAAAGAAAAACAGACUGCUCCCUUUCAUCAAUAUUUGAAAUUUAUUGCUAUUACCAGGGGGUUUUCAGGUAACAAGACAAUCAAGGCAGCAUCAUAAUGAAGGUCUAUAGGUUGAGACUAUCCCCGUUUGGAUAUAACCAGCAUCUUAUUGAUCAGAUUAUGAAUUGUCUUCUCUGUUUGGAAUGUCAAUUUUGCUGGGAGCAAAAGUAAUGAAAUUUUUGAGAAGUAAGCAAGGUGAUCAUGGCAGCUGGCAGCAAAUUGAAUCCUGCAGUUGUCUCUCCUCAAGCAUUGCGCAUUACGAGGAGUCUGUUAACGAUUACAGCAUUCUUUUAUAAUGUUAACUGCAGAGGAAGACUUAAGGAGUCAGACACAUUUCACUAUCUUUGCGUCACUCCGUGAGAUUUAUUUCUUGAAUGGGUCACUGUAAAUUCUUGGUUUCUGCAAGGUCUUCAUAUUUCAACAAUGCUUCUUUCGCAUUGUGUUUGGUCAUGAAAAUAGCCAGAGCCGAGUAUCACAAGUUAUGAUACGAUAACGAUAUUGAUUUAACGGUUCGCAAAAGGCUAAACUUGAAGUGAAGUUACAUUCUGCCUCCAUUAUUGCAGUACAAUAAAUUAGCAUAACAGAUCAGUAGUCUGAACAGGAAAUAGGUCUUAAACUGGAUGUUUUGUACUCAAAUAUGUGGAUGCCCCAAGUCACACAAUCUCUGGCCAGUGAUUUGAAUUAACUUCUGUGUUAAGUUGCUUGGCCAUUAUAAUUCCCGACUUUUGAUAAGGUCUCAAGAUAUCUAACAUCUGUAGCCCGAUGUAAUGUGGAAAAAGUCACAUUUCAGGCAAUCCAUAAAAAUAUCUAGUAGCCUACCUGCUACACUCCUUAACUCAAUGGAAUUUUUCCAUGCAGAGCAAUGACUGUUUUCACAGAGCAUGAACAAAUUUGUAUCAAAUAAAACAUCCGUGUAUUCAUUUGACAGUGACUUAAGGAAGACUUUUUGUCACUGUUUUAAUCAGGGGUUUUUGUUUUAAUUUAGCACAUUUAUGAUACAUUUGUAACAUAAUUUGGAAGCUCUUGUAAUACUCACUGAACUGCAUGCCUAUCUGUGAACUAUUUAUUACAAUAAUAAAGAGAUUUGUAAAGAGAUCAUGAAA